AACUAAGCCAUUAUUGUUUAUAAUAAAGAACAGGAACUUCCGAGAAGUCACUGCGUUUAUGUUACUUUAAACUGUAGGCUUGGAAGAAUAGAAUUGCUCAUGAUUUUUGUUCUGUUUUUGUUUAAAAAAAAAAAAAACGAACAUUGGUGUAAUUUAGCAUGAGAUAAACUGUAAUGUUUAUAAUGUCCAAAGCAGAGAACUGUGUAAAAGGCUGUUACAUACAGUAUAUUUAAGCUAAUAAGCUUUUUGUAUUAUUUUUUUUUUUUUUGAAGGGACACUAGAAACACUGUAACUUUCACCUGUUCCUUCAUGAAGGUUACACACUGAACGUUCGGUACUUUCUUAAAACGACAGUUUUGUGAACGAUUCAAUCCUCCGAAUACUCUGAAUUUCUUUAUUUCAGUGAGCUAACAAUGUACUGACAUUCGGUGUUGAAGACCUGUAGAUAAGUGCAGGUGUUUCCAACCUCUUCUUUCUCAGCUGAACGCAAAUGAUUAACCUCGCUCUUAAAAAUAAAAGUACUUCAGUGGUUCUUUACAGCACCGUGGGUUCAAAAACCAUGUUUCAUUCUAUAGGGUUCUUGAAUUGCGCUUUAUGGUUCUUUGGAGAUGAAGGAAGCUCUUUACGGUUCUUCAGAGCAGUGUAUUUGUUCCUCAGGUAUCAUCCCUUAACAGGUUAAAGUGAACCCUAUAAGGUUAUUUGUAGGACUGAAAAAGGUUCUCCUGGCAACACUCGUAAGAACCUUACUCUGGUUCCUUAAAGCACUAUGGUACAACUGAUGGUAACACGGUUCCUUGUGGCACUGCUGUGAAGAACCAUUUCUGGGUUCUUUAAAGCAGAAGGUUAUCUAAAGAACUUGAGAGUAAAAGGUUCUUUGUGUAACUUAAAAGGGUUCUCCUAUGCCAUCAGGCUGAAACCCCCCAUUUGGUUCUAAUUGGAACCUUUUAUUUUUAAGAGUGCUGAAUGAUUUGCCUUAAAUUAAAUUAAGUACCCCUGGAGGUGUUACAUAGCCUGACAUAAAGUGAAACCGUUGUUAUAAAUGGUAAAACUUGAUACUUAAAUCAUGUUACUUUGAUAUUACUGAUAGGUGUUUCUUGCUGCCCAGGUGUGCCCUGUUAAAUUGAUUCAAUUUAAUGAAUUAAUAGCUCUGAACGUCUACAUUUGUCGUUAAAAAGGAUACGCCAACAUGAAGACCAGAGAGCUGUCUAUGGGAGAAAAGCAAGCCGUUUUGAAGCUGGGAAAUUAGAAAAAAAAAUCUAUCGGAGCCAUUGCACAAGCAUUAGGUAUAGCCAAUGCAACAAUUUGGAAUGUUCUGAAAAAGAAAGAAACCGCUGGUGUACUGACAACCAGACAUGGAACAGAAAGAUUGUGAAAGCUGUGUAUAGCACAAACGAAUACAUUUACCUUGCCAUUCCAAUAGUUACGGAGGGGAUUGUAAGUCCAAAAGUUACAGUGCAUCAAUAUGCAUGGAAAAGUUAGAUGUAUUCAGAGUCGGGUUACGCACGUGCUCGAGUUGUUUUUAAUCUGGGCUUGCCAUUCAGAUUAUUCAAGGUUGCCAGGUUUGAAGAAGGAAAUACGUAGCUGUUUUUUUUUUUUGUUUUUUUUUUCCCCUUUGAAGUUAAAUGUAAUAAAAGAUUAAAGCAAUUUAAAAAUGAUUAUAUAUGAAAGACAAGAUGGCCAGCACUAAAAUUAACAUCUAAUGGGAGUCUAGUAUAUUACCAGUAUAUUGAUGCAUGAAUUGUCCUAGUUGUUAGGACAUUAAUCAGAUAAAUUGUGGUUUCAUUUAACAAUAUGGCCGCCACUCUCAUUAUUCUGAAGCGUAUGAAUAGAAUACAAGCUAAUCGAAGAGUAAUUACUUUUUUUUUUUUUUUAGCAUCCACAGCUUGGUUGUCGACAUGCAUCCCUCCACCCGCAGUCACUACAGAGAGGAGAUGUGUGUUCUUGGCUAGUCCAGAAAACACUGAAUGGACCCAGAGAGAAGGGAACAUAAGUGGACUCAGUCAGCACUGUGCCAGAACUAACUGCUGCAUGGGUUACUUCCGGCUGGAGAGUGGAGAACCAACGCCUGUCCUUUUAGGUUGUAGUAUAAUCCGGACCGACUGCCCGAACUUGUCAUGCCGUGCAUCGAUACAUUAUCCGAACACCAUCGGGUGUGUGUGCGGCUCAGAUUUCUGCAACGCGAACAUCACCUGGAACCAGCAAGCCAAGCAAACUGAAUACAAGCACCCUCAGUAUACCUCAAGUACUACAGAUCUCCUGAGUGCCAACGUCGUCAUUAUUCCUUUUGCCGGAGCUCUGAUUCUGUUGUUUUCCCUCAUAAUGGCACUGAAGUGGAAAAAUCUCCAUCAGCACUGCAGGUCUGCAACACCUCCAAACACACAUGACAUCUCCGAGGUAGCUAAUACUGACCUGGGCAAACACCUGGAGAUGCAAAAGGUAGUUGCUUGCGGCCAUUUCGCCAGCGUAUGGAGGGGAACGUUCCGGGGAUCGUUGGUGGCCUUGAAAGUGUUUCCUACGGCACUACAAAAAGAGUUCACUAAAGAGAGAGAUGUGCACAAGCUGCCGUUAAUGAUGCAUUCCGGGAUUGUAAGGUUUCUUGGAGAUGGAAAAAUGGGGAAAGAGUUCGUGCUGGUUUUGGAACUGGCAACCCACGGUUCUUUGAAUGCAUUUCUGCGUAGAACGGUGUGUGACUGGGCAUGUACGCUAAAACUAGCUCAAACCCUAUCACAAGGACUGGCCUAUCUGCACACUGACUUGAAAAUGAACGGAGUCUAUAAACCAGCGGUGGCUCAUUGUGAUCUCAGCAGCAGUAAUGUUCUGGUGAGAGCUGAUGGUUCUUGCGCUCUGUGUGAUUUUGGAUGCUCCACGGUGCUCCACCGCCAAGCACUGCAGGGUUAUUCCGGCAUAGUAGAGGGUAGAAUUCAGAUGGGGACUCUGCAGUACAUGUCACCUGAGAUCUUGGAGGGAUACGUUAAUCUGAGCAGCGGUCGCUGUUUGCUGCAGGGAGAUGUGUAUUCCUUUGGACUACUGCUCUGGGAGUUGCUGAUGCGUUGCUCUGACCUCUGCAAAGGUUCUCCUGUUCCAGAACAUAUGCUGCCGUAUGAGGCGGAACUGGGACGCAGUCCUUCCCUUGAAGAUCUUCUUACGUUUGUGUUGGAGAAAAGAUUGCGUCCAACUGUACCUCAUUUGUGGGCCAGAAUCUCCCAGGGACUGCUUCUCCGUGAGCUCCUUGAAGACUGCUGGGAUCACGAUGCCGAUGCAAGACUCACAGCAGAGUGUGCGGCCAACAGAUUAGCUUCUUUAAACCUCUGAUUCUGCUUUGUAAAAACCCAACGUGUGCAAAUGUAAUGUUGGCGAAUAUUAGGUUCGCUGAUGAACUGAUACUAGUGAGUGUGACGUGUAGCACAUUUCUGUGAGCGUUUAUAUUCGCUUAUAUAAAGAAUAUCAUCAGGUCAGGUAUUUUGCUUUUAAUCUCUGCAAAACACUCACCGUUUCAUAUUAACACAAAAAUCCAACGUAGAAUUAGCGGAGGUGUUGGUGCAUUUACUGGAUCCAGAUUUCCAGAAUGCAAUGCAGCUUAUGCAGUACGGUUUCUCGAAGCUUCUUCAGACGCUUCUUCACGCCGCUUUGCUCGAUGUUCUAACAUUACUGGAGCUACUGGGUGCGUGGUCCUCUGCUGCCUUUACUCUGCGAGGAUCUUCUGAUUUAAUAUCAAGGUCGUGGUUCAAGACACACACCGCACGCCGUGUCCAGUGUCACGUGAUCUUCAUGGUGUAACGUCUCUGAAUGCAGAAUAAAGAAAUAACCCUCACUGCUUUGCCGUCUUUUCAUUCAUUCGAAGUCAUUUUAAUACCGUUCAAAUCGAAUCGAAUAAAAACGACCCAAACAUCAAUUCC